AUUAUGUAAAAAAAAAAACGUCUAUGUCACGUUUUAUAUAUUUAUUGCAAUCUGACCUUGUGUCACUUUAUGAUGUUAAAAUAAUUUCACUAGUCUCAUAAGAGUGAACUCUGCCGACGACGUUUCAUUCGUGUUGGUCUUCAAGGGGAAGUAUUCAAAAAUACCGAACUCAUUUUCUGUUUGCAAAUGUUCCACAGUGGUUAGCGUCGGUGCUGCAGUGCUGGUAGUCUAACAACAUCACCGAGCUCCAGAGGACAUUUUUUAUUUGCAGGUGAGCAGCCCUCCCCUGGUCGCCAUGGAUGCUUGUGCGCGUAUUCGGGGAGCCCCACUGAAGUACAAGGCCUUUGUCAGAAAAGAGACUGUGCGUGACAAUGGAGCGCAGUUUGUCAAGAGCCUCUUGCGAAGCAAAAAAGAUCUUUGCAGUAUCAACCUGGACCUCCCAUCCAGCGACAGCAUAAGAUUUACAGAGAUUCAUUUUGUCUGUCUACCUGGUCAGAGUGAAGGCGACGAUGCUGUGGAUCAGGCCUUGGCAUCCCUUCCCGCUGGCCUGUGCGAGAUGCUCAGAACCUUCCACGUUCACGGCCUGAGAAAUAAUGAAAUUCAGUUGCUCAGAGAAUCUCCUAGACUGGCAGAGCACAGGGACACUAGGCCUCAAUGUUGGGUAAAGGCCGUGUGUGUGCUACGUCACAACCCUGGUGUCAGUGGGCAACCUCCAGCCAGCGUCACAUCGUUGACAGGCCUUCUUGGGUGCUACGUUGCCGGCGUCCGCUACGCUCUGGAGUUGCAAAGCCUCCACAGGGGCGAGGCGGGGCAGUCGGAGGACGACGACACCAACCAGUCCAUCUCAUCCAUCGAAGAUGACUUUGUCACUGCGCUGGAGAAUCUCGAGGAGGAUGAAAUGGGAGAGAACCCCUCUUAUCGCCCUUCCAAAAGACGUGAUGUGGCAUCACAGACGGUCCCCGCCCACAAGAGACGAAAAGAACUAUCAGGUUCCCACAUAAUAACAAGUUCAUCUUCAAAGAAAAUUGCAGCCAAGCACAAGCCGGGCCCGGAGGUUUCUGUCACAGUGCAGAGGUGUUCAGGUAUGGAUACCCAAUGGACUUACUGCAGUCCUGGAGCUCGUCUGUCCUCAUCAACGGUUGAAAACAGUGAAUCCGAAGAAUCUGACUGUUCCAGCCCAAGCCCUAUCAUUUUCCUGGAUGAGGUGGGCUACCAAAAGAGCUUGCUGGCCAAGCUGGAUAUCCCUCAGGUGCCAGGAGGUCCCAGAGAGAGGGUGGAAGACUCUGACUCUGAAGUGAGUGAAUUCUUUGACAGCUUUGACCAAUUUGAUGACCUGGACGACUUCAGUUCAGAGAGCGGCACUCUGAUGCUUCCAAUGGAUAAUGGAAGUGUUAAAAGCACGGAAUCUAGCACUGGUGGUUCCGCAUCCAAAUAUGUAUCCCAAGGCUACUCAACAAAGGGAAUGUAUCCUCACUGCUUUGAUCAACCAAUUCUCCCGGCUAAUGUGAAAAAACCCACUCCUCUUAAACCAGGCUCCCCCUACGGACCUCAGUCUGACUCUCCACGGCCAGUACAGAGUCCCUCUGAGGACAACGGUGGUCCACUCUUCAGUCCCAUCAGCUCCUCCGCCUUUAUUCCUCUGGUAGAUUCAAGUGGGGUGCUGGAAUAUUUCUGGAAAAGAAGUGAGGAUCGAAGCGACAGCACUGAGUUAAGGAAACCUCAAGAUCUCUGCUCGUUGUAUAAGACCUACUCGGACUUUGCCAGCAGUCUCUCGAAAGAAAUUCUUGGCUCUGUCUGCGGGUACCAAUCCGCAAUAGACAUUAAUGACAACAAGAAUCUGAGUUGUGUUUGCCACAAGGAAUUCACCAACCCCUUAGGCUACACAAUGAGGCUGUCAGAAAUCCAGGAGACUGUAACGGUGGCCAAGCUGCAGAAGACAUCCCAGUCUCUGAAGGAUGGUAUUCAGCGGUUUGCUGCUGACCUUGUCGAUAUGAGCCUGGGCAGUGCUUUGCGGGACUUUCAAAAAGGCGUGUCUACUUGCACCACCACGUUGUGUCACCUAGCUGCGAGACUCACCUCCUCGGUAUUUCAGAUGGCCUUUCAUGAGAUUGGCAUGCGGCAGGCCUAUGUGUUGAAAGAGCGAGCUGUGAACGGCUUAGCAAGUUUCCUGGUUGGUGAGGCGGUAUCUGGUGCGUUGAAAGACUUCUUGACUGUAAAAAAGCAGAUCUUCCAUAGCACAGUUACGCAGUUUGCAGCAGAUUUAGCCGAAGAGCUGAUAUUCGAAGGUAUUAUGGAGGUGUGUCAGUUCUCUCACCCGUCGACCCCUUUAACCUCCAGUGAUUGGUUUUUUGGCCAGGAGAACAUGGAAGAAGAAGAGGAGGAGGAGAUUGUUACUUCCUAUGCUUCAGACUUGUCCGAGUCGGUUAUCCAAGAGGCGUUCAUCCAGCUCUCUCAGGCUGAAAUUGCCUUCACUAGGCAAGCAGCCAUCAGUGUUUCUCCAGACAACAUCUGUUACGGUAGUUCUGAGAAUAUGAGUGCCCACACCAGCAGCACUUUUGCUAACCAGCAGCUUUCCAAUGCAACCUCAGUAGAUGCUCCAAUGACCUUAGGAGAGAGUGGCCCCUGCAAAGUAAAGGAUGCUCUUUUCACUGUGUCAGGCAUGGCCAGCUGCAUCCCUGUUCCCCAAGCUGGAAAAGCUAUCUCCUGUCUAAAAGAUUCUGAAGACCAUCAUGGUUCCAGCCUAACAGAUACCUCACAGUGUAGCCCUAAAAGAGUCACAGUGUUUUCCUCAAAUAACACUACAUGUAUGCAAAGUCACAUCUGCAGCCAAGAAACUCAAACGACCACCUCUGCAAAAGUCUGCUCCCAUCAAAAGUCACCAUUUCAAAACUUCUCUGUUAACAUGGUGGACACGCUAGUGACUGAAGCGUGUGAGCUUGUAAGCUCUUCUAAAGUGAAGAAAGGUUUUGAUGACUGCGCUGGUUUUCUUUCAAAGGCAGUCCUUAGUCAAAGGGACACUUUGCAUGUGCCAAAUACAGAGAAGGUUGGACAAAAGAAGAUGUCUCACCCCGGGGAUGACGCAUCUCCAAACUCGGUUAAAAAACCUGGUCGAACACCUGGCACUCCUCCAUCUACCCCCCAGCAGCCAAGUGAAGUAUCCAAGGAGAAACAAAUAAAGCAGUUCUCCAAGAAAUUAAAAAGCAAGUUGGCCAAAGAAUUUUCCCCAGCUACACCUCCUCCAACUCCACACUAUCACCCUGAGACUGGCCCUGGUCCAAUGGAAAGCAGCCCAGAGGCAGACAAGACAGAGUUUAUGUUAAAAUUGAUGAGAUCUCUUUCCGAUGAGGUAGAUGGUAAUGGGGACGAGGAGGAGGAGGAAGAAUUGCCUGAAGACCCGAGUCUAAGUGGCACCAACAAAUCAGUUGAGUCAGAAGGUCUACCACAGGAAGUGAGACAGUUGUCCUCUCGCAGGCUUUCCAGCAAGGAAGCGCUCCAUUAUGCAGAGCAGUUGGCUUGUCACAUAGUUUCAAUGGCCACAGAGAUAGACACUCUGGGAGCCGGUGAUGAAGUUGGGGAACCCAGCGUUAUGGAUGAGAGAAGACGUGACAGUGCGGCUCAUUUCUCAGAGAAAACUUUAAACACCUUGUGGGUGUAUGCAGGAGAGGUGGCUGGGGAAGUCAUCAAUGAUGUGAAGAAGAUGGUGAGCUCUGUCCAACAGUGCUCAUAUCAUGGCUCUCCCAGAAAAAGUGUUGAUCGUCCUCCAUCAGCGUGUUUGCAUCACCACCAACAUAACUCUCUUCCUGGCACAGAUCAGAACAGGGACUGGAGGGUCGAAAGGGUGGCUGAGCAAUGGUCCGCCAAUCUGCUAUCUUCUCUUUUUCGCUCACCUGUCUCAAUGUCAAGUAGUUCCAGCUCAGGAUUGUCCUCGACAUACCCCAGCUGUGAAAGUGUGACCGAUGAAUACGCCGGCUAUCUCAUUAGGGUGCUAAAGAAGGAGGGAGGCAGUCGGGAGUUAGUCCUCGAUCAGUAUGCUAGUCGUCUGGCCUACCGGUCAAUCAAACAAGGUUUGGCUCAUGCUAGAAACAAGGUUAAGCAGAGAUCUUCUAGCUCCCGCCUUCGUCCCUCAAAGUCGUUACCAGAUGAAUGGAUGUCAUCGAGUAGUGAGGUCUCACCUGCCAAGGACGUGGUGGACUCAGUCGUUUGUCCCUCCUGUGAGGACGUAGAGUGUUGUUGCGGAGAAAAACAGGGACACAAAGACUGCUUUGAUUUGGUGAACUUUGCAGAAUCUUUGGCGUACAAUAUCACUUGUGAUGUCACACAAACACUUCGUCUAUCGUCUGGACGCCUCCCAAAGUCUCUCACUGACUCUUGUCUUUAUAAGAAAUCCAAACUUGAAAACAUGACAGAGAGCCUGAUUAGGAACUCGUUCUCCUGUCCUCUACUUUCCAAGGACAACAAGGCUAGACAUUACCACAGCACUGGAAGCUUAGUUGAUCCUGGCCUCAACAAUAGGAUGAUGCAGGUCAUUGAACACUACGCAAGAAAAAUAGUUAAUGACACUCUAAAGAUGAGCCUGGCUUCAGUAGGGCAUUCCUCCCAAGAUCAUCAGAGGAUUCCUGACCCAGACAGACACUCACACACCCAAAAGCUGUCUGAAGGCAUUGCCCCCGGUCCCACAGAUGGACCGAAGACCUGCCAUUAUUCUCAAGCCUUGGAGUGUCCUUACUGCACCAAACUUAGUCGGCAUCACCACCAGUCUAUAUUGCAGAAGAGGAGAAAGUGCCCAGAGUAUCAGACUAGGCCAGAGCGUGUCCCUGGUCUGGAGAUUCCUAAAAUCCACAUUGACCUGGAACACAGGUCGGUGUUUGCUGAGCAGAUGGUGUCUAUGGCAAUGGAGAAGGCAAAGCGCGAGUUGAGCAACACAAGCCUUAACGCGGACAGUGGUAUCGGCCAUGAUGGAACCAGCUACGCAGAGAGCCUCACUGCUGAGAUCAUGACUUCUGCACUUCACGUCUGCCAAUCAGCCAGUGUCAGCUCUCAGGGCAGGGAAGCCACAGAGUCCACUGUAUCCCAGCAGUUGAGUGUCGGGGACGACAGUGUGGGCAGCUGGUCCAACCUUAGCUUCGAAGAUGACAACAGCAGCUUCCUACACCUCAGUGACAGGAUCUCUAUGGAAGCAAACCUGACAAUGAGAUCCUUUCCCAAGAUAUCGAAGGAACACAGUGUCUUGACUGUCAAGGAGGCUGAGUUAAUGUAUCAUAAUAUUUUCAAAAGCAGCAAUGGGAACAGCAGUAGCUGGAGCAGUCUCGGCUUGGAGGGGGAGCCUUUUGAAGAACACAUGUCAUCCUCGCCUUCAGACAGUGACCAUACAGAGGACAAAGAAACUGAGGUCAAAGAGGAAUCCAGUGGAACUCUGUGUGUGGACACAACACAGGUCCAAGCCUCCAGGACUCUGUUGAUGAUCCUGAACUCGGACAUCCGCAAACUCAGACGGAGCCCUCAACACGUGACCCUCGACACCCAGCUGAGGAGCUUGCUGCAGUGGCUGGCGGCCUCCAUCGCCGGCGUCCCCAUGAUCCAACUGAGUCCUGACAAGGAGCUCCAGCAGCUGCCAGCUGUGGUCCAAAGGCUGCGUGAGAGGAAGUGGAGGGUGGGAGACCUGCUUCACUUCCUGUUGCGUUACUGUGAAGAGAGCCAAGCUCAGCCUCAGCCCAGAGAUGAGACACCCCAGUCGGGAAGAGAGUCUCACCGCGUUCCCCUCUUCAAGUGGCUGCUAGAGCACACCUAAAAUAUCUUGAUAGUGUUCCUCUGAGUAAACUGCUACCAACGCCGUUUUCCACCAGAGGGCGCUGUCAGAGCUGAUUGAGACCCCGACGCGUAUGACGUAUUAUUUCGCCACUGUUUGAUUGUUCCAGUAUCCUUGCACGUGUUGAUCUAGCAAACGAUCUCACACUUUCCUAAAAAGGAAGGCGAAGGACCCAUCCCGAUUGUUCCUGGCGCAGCCAUUUGCAACCGAGAGCGAACAAGCCUAUGUGUGUUUUUGUUUGGGGAUCCCCAUGGCUGCCAGGCCCCAUGAGGUCAUCACAUCCACGGUUCACCUCGGCUGCAUUGGUGUUUCCACAUGCGAGAGGAACACACGCAAACUACAGGAACACCACACCCUUACAUUAUCAGUGUAGGAGGCAUCUUGAAAACCUGUAUUUCUUUCCAUGAAGUAUUUCUAUUGUUGUUACUUCCUCCACUCCCAUUCAAACACGCCCUUUAUUUUAAACAUUUACCCUCGUUCACAGAGAACUACCAGAAAAAAUGCCUCCGAAUCGAUCUGCCACUCUGCCUUUCAUACAUAAGCAGCUGCUUUCACUACAAUAGGGCAAGAGAAGUGGGUUUACACGCGGACGCCAUCAGAGACUGCUUUCAUACUACCUCCAAAGGUGAAAUUUGACCUGUUAACUUUGUCUCCGUACAGCAACGGGGAACAAAAAUGCGAGGGUUUCUCCACCUAUAUUAGUAUUCGGCAUCACUCCAUUCCUUGAUUAUUAUUUAUAUGGGAAAAUCUCUUGAAGUUGAGACUAAAUGGCCAAAGCGACUUCCUGACAGUCACGUUCCGAUUUCUUUAGACUGCAAACAAUUUUAGACUUAAGGUAGCCCUUGCUUAAACUUCAGAUGGGCCUCAAGAUUGAACAGUAUUUAGAUGACAGACUCAUGCUGGAAGUUCUUUAAUCAGAAAUAUAACCUUCUUUAGAUAGCCAACGUGGAAGCUUAUGAUGACGGUCAAGGCUUCAUUUAGAUUACAAACCUGCUCCUGUUAAGACUAGUUGAGACUCCUUUAAGUGAAGAUGCAAUCAAAUGCUUACAUUCAUGUAGUGCACAAUUAAUUCAUUCCACACUGAGUUCUAAGGAUCAAUCAAAAAUGUAAUUGAUUAUGCCCAUCCCCAGUGUGAAUUGUGUUUACCAGGUUAAAUCAGUAUGUAAAGAGUAUUUUUUCCCCCCAAGGCCAUAAGAUUAAAUAAGUAAUUAGUGACUUUAAUGUUGCCAAACUUACCUCACGUUGACUCCAGUCACUAGAGUGGGUCAUCCAUGUUGUGUCCUAAUUGUGGAAGGUCUAUUGACGCAGAUAACUUAGAUCUUAACCACACACACAGGAUGAAUAGUUAAGUCAUUUGACGGAGGGACGACCACAACUUCCCCGAGUGAUUCCAUCUGCUUGCACAGCCACAGCCGAACCACUUAGAAGCACUUUUGAUGAGUUUAUGACAAGGGUGGGCAACCUGUGGCAUGUGGGCCGUAUAUGCCCCCCCCAGAGCAUUUGAUAUGGUCCACGUGCAAUUAUAAAAACAGGUAAAACCUCACAAAGUCCCAAAUCAUUUAACCAACACGUCGCUGUUAGGCAGAAUCCUCUUCUUAACUGAUACUUUAAGGAAAUAAUUUAACAAACAUUGUAUAGUGAAAGUGAGCAAAUUAAUUUCAAUACUUUAUAUUGGCUUAUUAUUUAAAAAAAAAAAAAAAAAGACAGGCCUAUAAGAGUUAUGACUAUUAGUAUUAUGUUGUGCAAAAAUGUGAACUUGAUCAAAUUUGUACACGGGAUUUCUGCCAGACAGCGAAGACAUAUUUCCAAUAUAUACAUUUGUUGGAGACACUGUAAUAUAAGCCUUGCUUUGCAUCUGUCGUUUCGUCGUCACGUGCAUGGCUCGAGCUAUUAUUUUGAAAGCGCCUGAAGUUCCUGCUUCAACUCUAUAGGCUGCUGACCAAAAUGGUCUUUUUUUUUUUUUUUAAGUAUAUCAAUCUAAAACUGUCUCGUCUUUGUUUACGCCAAAAAUAUAACACAAAAUGCACUAUGAAAAAAAAUACACUGUAUUUACUAUGAAGAUGGCGUGAAGUAUUAUAAAUUAAGCUUGCAGUAAGGCUGAGUCAAAAAGAAUCUAUAAGAAAUUGUGAAAACAAAAUAUCUGUGUACAAAGUUAUUCCCUGAAUAUUCCAGCUUGUGUUUGUGCUUGCUGGAGGCUAGUUGUGCACUUGCAAAAUUUUGUAAAAUAGCUGCUGCUGUUGUAAUCCACUGUGUACUCCCCCCCCCAACACACAAAGUCUGUAUUUACUCCAGCUUACUUGUUAAGUUCUGCCAAAUAAAAAUAUUUAAUAAGUUAUAAA